AACGAUGGGAGGCUGCAGCCCACAAGAUCCUUUACAGCCCUCACUUGCUAUUGGCCCAAGGGUCAAUAUCCCCCGGUCCCCCUUACAAGCCCUCUCAUGUCCCAACUGGUUCACUCUUGUGGUAUUAAUUGCUGUGUUAUUUGCAGACGUGUAUGUCUUUGGCAUCGAUUAUAAUGAAUUGAACCUUCUUGCAUCAAAGAAGACUAAUGAGCAGCAUUUAUUUCGCCUUCAGGAUGCAAAGAGCAUGAAGAAGGCGUUUGACAUCAUGAUAGAUGAGACAGAUGCUAUGGAUAUGUGCGGACUCAAUAAAGAGCUUAUAGAUGAAGUUUUUAAUGAUCCAAAUACUGAUUACAGAACACGCAAAACUCUUGUCAACGAGAAAUUCCCUUGGAUUGCUAAAAUCAACAUAACUCAUCCUGGGACACAAGAGUUUUGCAAAGGAUCAAUUUUGACCAAAAACUUUAUCCUGACGGCUGCGCACUGCUUCCAUCUUGAUGAAGACACAAAGCAUAUUAGAGUGCAAGUUCGAAAUGUAAGCCUGCCUGUCAAAAACCUUUACCGACAUCCUCAGUUUGACCGAAAUGCCAAGAAGGAUAAAAGCAUAACAAAUACAUUUGACUAUGAUAUUGCACUUCUCGAACUAGGUCGGAAGAUUUCCUAUUCAUCAACAGCCAGACCCAUCUGCAUUCCCUGCACUAAAAGCUCAUCGUGGGCCUUAAGGAUGAAGAGAAAACAUAACACAUGCAAAUAUCAUAGUGAGUUAGACUUUUUAUUUGAGGGAAAAUUGAUCAAUUCACUCUUUGUAGCGGAGGAAGACAAGAAAUUAAUGGAGCAGAAGCACGUGACUAUAAAGACAGGAAAUGCGAGGUUGGCCUGCCUCCGAGCUACCGCACAAGUCGAGGAGUUCAAGGAUAUAGCUGAUAUUCGUGACAUGGUGACUGAUCAGUUCCUCUGCACAGGGGGGACAGAGCCUUAUGUUGAACCCUCAACAUGUAAAGGAGAUACUGGCGGUCCCCUGAUCAUUGAAUAUAAAAGGCGAUACAUACAGGUAGGAAUUAUAAGUUGGGGAUCUGUGAAUCAUUGUAUUGGCACCAAAAGAAAAUCAGCUCCCGUCCCAGAACGUUCCCGGGAUUUCCAUAUCAACAUUUUCUCCAUGCUGCCCUGGAUAACGGAGAUUGUGAAGAAUGAACUUAUCUUCCUUCCCAACUGAACAACACGAUCUUGGGUGUUGAUGGACACAGCAGGGUGACCUUGUGAUGGAAGAAGUGAUGUGGAGCCAUGUAAUUUCUUUUUAUAAAGAAAGCAUCUUCCAAUAAAUCUAUAUUUCACACUUAUGACAAAUGUUGAAACAAUUCAAUAGACACUUAGAGUUUAAGGUGCCGGUGAUGUUAACUCUUGCUGUCCUAGUUUUCUUGUUAUUUUUAAUGUCAUAUCUCAUAUAGGCUAUCUUCUACAAUAUAGAUAGAGCUGGUAGUAUUUCUAUAAUAAUUAGCCUUAUUAAACGCUAUUUACUCCCAGAGCCUUGUACCUUUGUUAAUAAACCCUGAAUUACUAUUUUAAUAUUAUCUGCUACAGUCUUACUUAAUAGUGCUUAGUUUUGAAUAUCAUGAUUAUACUGAUUAAACUGCUGCCAGAGUACCCAAUGGCAAUAAAAGGUUAAAUACGUGUUUGUAUAGGUUCCCAUAUUAUUUUUUUAUUACAGUCUAUUGAGACUUGUGAACCCUAACCAACAG